UAAGAAGUGAAGGAUGUUAAGCUGAAAGUGGUCUCUUCCUCCAAGCUAUGUCCACUGAUGAGGCUGGGAAAUAGGGAAAUAGGGCCUUGGAGUCAUGCUGGGCCUGCAUGGGCUUUACAUCCCAGCUGUGUGGUCUUGGCAAGUCGGGGGCUUGAGAAAUGUGUGUAUGGUACCUCAUGUUGCACAAGCUAAGUAAGUUCUAAAUAAUGUCACCUGCUCUUACUUAAAAAAUCACUUCAACUACUGUGUAUCUUUGCAGUGCCUCUGAACAAAGAAGUUACCAGAAAAGUAGGAGAAAGACUCUAGGAUCAAGAGCUAAACUGCUUUUUAAGUGCUUGAGCUUGGGUAAGGUCCCGUGGUAAAGGUUCCAGCUCCAGAGUCAGACAGCGUGGGCUCAUUUACCGACUCUGCCACUCACUGGCUUUGUGAUUGGGGGAUCUAGUGCUGAUCCUUACAAAGUGGAUUCUGGAAGAAGAGAGGAGGAGAAGCCCUAGGGCAGAGCCAAGGCGAUGGAGCUCCCCAACUAUAGCCGGCAGCUGCUGCAACAGCUCUACACACUGUGCAAGGAGCAGCAGUUCUGCGACUGCACCAUUUCCAUUGGAACCAUUUACUUCAGGGCUCACAAACUUGUCCUGGCUGCAGCCAGCCUCCUGUUCAAAACCCUGCUGGACAACACAGACACCAUCUCCAUCGAUGCGUCGGUGGUGAGCCCCGAGGAGUUCGCCCUCCUGUUAGAAAUGAUGUACACUGGCAAACUGCCCGUGGGCAAGCACAACUUCUCCAAAAUCAUCUCUUUAGCCGACAGCCUCCAGAUGUUUGACGUGGCCGUUAGCUGUAAAAAUCUGCUGACGAGCCUUGUAAAUUGCUCUGUCCAGGGGCAGGUGGUGAGGGAUGUCUCCGUGCCGCCCUCAGAGUCACUCAGGAAGGAGGCAGAGAAGCCCGAAGUAGAAGUCCUUUCCUCAGAGGGUGCGGGAGAUUCUCCCCGGGAGGGCUGCGCCCCCGCGAAAGCCCACGUGCAGGAAGCCAUCCCCACGGUUGCACAGGAGAUGAGCGUGGGCCCUUCCCCUGCCCGGGAGCUCCAGGGGGAUGCAGGCGCCCCAGCGGAGACUCCUCACGCAGCUGAAGUUUGUCCUUCCUUCCCUGCCCUACGAGCCUUCAGCGAUGCAAAGGAGGCGAGUGCAGAACCAGAGUAUGAGAAGAAACACUACCAGCUGAAUUUUCUUCUAGAAAAUGAGAAUAUCUUCUCAGACGCACUCUUGGUUACCCAGGAUGUUUUAAAAAAACUAGAGGAAUGUUCAGAAAUUAAAGGUGUACAGAAGGAGACCAUAAUGGGAUGUCUCUUGGGUGCAGAAGGAUGUUCAGCAUUCCAGAGAAUCCUGGAUAAAGUAAGAGACCAGAGCCUGGAUGUUCAGACUGUCGUGUCCCUGUUGAGGCUGCACCAAGAUUCUCAUCCUGCAGUAAAGACAGCACUGUCAGGCGGAAAGCCAGGGGAUGUGGGAGCGGUGUGGCCAAAAGGGAGCACAGAGGAGGGAAAGACCUUGUCUGCUCUGUUGCUAGAACACAAAGAGGACCUGAUCCGGUGUGUAACACAGCUGAGACCUAUUAGGGAGUUCCUGGAAACAGCCAAGGAGGGAUUCCUGCCCAGUGCAGAGAAAAGGGUGAUUCUGAAUUGCUGUGAGGGCGGAACACCCAAGGAGAUGAUAGAAAAUUUGUUGCACAGAAUGUCUGAAGAGAGGACCCUGACUGCGGAGAGUUUGGUAAAACUCCUUCAGGCUGUGAAGACAACUUUCCCGAACUUGGCCCUUCUGCUGGAGAAUUUGCAGAAACUAGCCACUUUGCCGAGCACCGCAGUCCCAGCGAGCCCUGAUCAUUACGGGACUGAGCUAUUGAGGCGGUAUCACGAAAACCUCUCUGAGAUUUUCACAGACAACCAGAUGUUACUAAACAUGAUCCCGCAUGUGAAGAGCUUAGCCCCUGGAGAACGAGAGGUCAUGGAGGAGCUUGUGAAACGUGACUCUGGUUCGGGUGGUUUCAGUUCUCUGAUGUCAGCAGUUCUGGAAAAGCAGACUCUCUCUGCGACAGCCAUGUGGCAACUGCUGCUGCUGGUCCAGGAGACAAAGGCCUGCCCGCUGAGCCCACUCAUGGGGGAAAUUCGCAGGGAGCCUGGAGCUGAUGCUUUCUUCCAGGCAGUGACCACUCCAGAAAGUGCUGCCUUGGGGACCAUCUUGCGGCAUCAUACGUUGAUCCUAGAGGCCAUCCAACACAGGCUUGACCUCAAGAGCUUGACCUCAGACGAAGAGCACCUGGCGGGGACUGUGAAGGAGAUCCUGAGCAUUUCCUCUGAGACACCCAGCCCUGAAGCUUCCCUGAGAGCAGUGCUGAGUAGAGCCAUGGAAAAGUCCAUCUCAGCUAUUGAAAUAUGUCAGCUCCUGUGCAGCGUCCACAGGUCUUCCCCAGGCCUGCAGCCUGUCAUGCAGGAGUUAGCACACACUGGUGUCCUUGCUCAGGAAAACGGAGAGAAGGACAGGUGGAAGGUGAGUAGUAAAUUUCACCUGGAAGCCAAUGACAAAGCAGAUGAAGAGGCAGCAGAGCCCGUGGAAGGAGACUGCCAGCCUGGGAAACAGAGUGACCAAGGAGAGACGAGUUCCCUGCCAGAGCAAGAGAAAGACGCUUCUGCCUCCCCAGACUCUGCCAAGAAGAGCUUCGUCUGUAAGGCCUGCGACAAGAGCUUCCAUUUCUACUGCCGCCUGAAAGUGCACAUGAAGCGCUGCCGGGUGGCCAAGAGCAAACAGGUGCAGUGUAAGGAGUGUAACGAGACCAAGGACUCUAAGAAAGAGCUGGAGACACAUCAGCUGGAGGCCCAUGGAGCGGGCGGAGCGCCCGAAGCCCCCAAGAAGAAGAAGAGGAGACACCCAGUGACAUGUGACCUCUGUGGGAGAGAGUUUGCCCACGCCUCAGGCAUGCAGUACCACAAACUGACUGAGCACUUUGACGAGAAGCCUUUCUCCUGUGAAGAGUGUGGGGCCAAGUUCGCAGCCAAUUCUACCCUAAAGAACCACCUGCGCCUGCACACUGGGGACCGCCCGUUCAUGUGCAAGCACUGCCUCAUGACCUUCACCCAGGCCUCGGCCCUAGCCUACCACACCAAGAAGAAGCACUCAGAGGGAAAAAUGUAUGCGUGCCAGUACUGUGAUGCUGUGUUUGCCCAGUCCAUCGAGCUGUCCCGCCACGUGAGGACCCACACUGGGGACAAGCCUUACGUCUGCAGGGACUGUGGCAAGGGCUUUCGGCAGGCCAAUGGACUCUCUAUCCACCUGCACACCUUUCACAACAUAGAAGAUCCCUAUGACUGCAAGAAGUGCAGGAUGAGCUUCCCCACUCUGCAGGAUCACCGCAAGCACAUCCAUGAGGUGCACUCCAAGGAGUAUCACCCCUGCCCCACGUGUGGGAAGAUCUUCAGCGCCCCCUCCAUGCUGGAGCGGCACAUGGUGACCCACGUUGGAGGGAAGCCCUUCAGCUGUGGGAUCUGCAACAAGGCCUACCAGCAAUUGUCUGGCUUGUGGUACCACAAUCGGACCCACCACCCUGACGUGUUUGCUGCUCAGAACCACCGAUCUUCUAAGUUCUCAUCACUCCAAUGCAGCUCGUGUGACAAAACCUUUUCCAACACCAUUGAACACAAGAAGCACAUCAAAACAGAACAUGCAGAUAUGAAGUUCCAUGAAUGUGACCAGUGUAAGGAGCUCUUCCCCACACAGGCUCUGCUUCAAGUUCACAUCAAGUGCCAACAUUCAGGGUCACAGCCAUUCCGAUGCUUGUACUGUGCGGCCACUUUCCGCUUCCCCGGAGCCCUGCAGCACCACGUCACCACAGAGCACUUCAAACAGUCGGAGAGCACCUUCCCCUGCGAGCUCUGUGGUGAGCUCUUCACAUCCCAGGCCCAGCUGGAGGGUCACCUGGAAUCCGAACACCCAAAGGUGGUGGGCACUGAAACCCAAGCAGCAGCCUCGCAGGUGGUGCAGGUGAUUCAAGCCUCAGAGCCAGCAGCCUCAACAGAGCAGGUGAUCACUUUGGAGGAGACCCAGCUUGCUGGUUCCCAGGUGUUUGUGACGUUGCCAGACUCGCAGGCAUCUCAGACCAGCUCUGAGCUCGUGGCGGUGACCGUAGAGGAUCUGCUGGAUGGUACCGUGACCCUGAUCUGUGGUGAGGCCAAGUGAGUGGUUGCUUAUCUGGUGAAGGCAUUCGAAGCAGAUAGAAGGCCCUUUGCCCUUGGUCCCUGACUGUCCUGAGUGGUGAGCAUCUUAGCCUAGCACCAACCAAAAUGGUCUCACUUGGAAAACAGACUGAAGAAGAGUCGUCGUUCUCAUAGAACCAACAAUGCCUGAGUGAACACUGACCCACAGCCCUCCAUAGCAGGCCGGCCGGCCCACUUCCCAACAGGCCUACUAUGGCCUCCGCAACACUGUCCCUCCCUAAGUGGAGUAUAGCUUCUGAAAUAGAGUCUGAAAGAGCCAUGGGCAGGAGCUGGUGAUCAGGGUAACCAGAGAGCAGUGAGCGGGCAGCCCUCUGUAGAAUGGCAGGCGUGGGACCAUAGUCCACACAGUGGGGCUGCAGAUGUUGUCAGUGCCUUCUGGCCACUUGAAAAUGAGAGAAAAUUACCCAUAGACCAUCCAGGGACCCCCAGUCUCGAGCACACUUGGCUCCUUCCUCACUUCUCUCAUCCUCCCAGCUGUUGGUGGUCACAGGACAGGUAGCAGCGGGUUAACAUGGGCCUCAUUCACACGGGGGGACCCACCUGGUCAGUACAAUCAGCCCUUCUUAAAACGAAGCCUUUGAAGUGUUUCUGCUGGGCAUGCUCAGUGUGAGGCAUCUGGCUGCAAAGCCGGUCUCUGCCCCUCUGGAUCCUCAUGCUGUUCUGUACCUGAAGGCUGGACCCUGCAGCCUUCCCCUGCUGGCCUCGUCCCCUUCCCUAAUCAACGCCUAUACUUCUGCCCGACCUGGAGGCUUUGUCCUCCCUCCGGAGCAUGUAUUAUAGCUAAGUGUCCAGCGCCAGGUGGAGUGGUGACCGUGACCACCCCUGGUUCUGCCUCCUGCCACCGGCUUCCACGCUGGGAGCAUGGCCUGCUGUCUGAGCUCUUCCAGGCUGCCACCGCUACUGCAGGUCAGUGAUCCCUUGGAGUCUGAAUUUCACCAAGCUCCUUUAUUUUCAGUUCCUAACAUGUAAUCUGAUAAUUAAUGGUUUGUGGAGUCCAUUAUGAAGUGCAAUUAGAUGGAUGUAGGUUCCCGCCGUUUGGAGGGAAUGACUAGCAUUUAUCUUCCUUUCCUCUGUGCCAGAAGGUCCUGCUAGUGCAGUGUUUACACAUAGGCGGGCUCCCUGCCACAUCAGGGCUUGCACAAUCCCCGCACACCCACCUGCAGAGGGUAGUGCCCAGCUUCAUCACUGGCCCUCAGCUCUAGGUGGCAGAAGACUAGCCCACCCCUUUCCAAGCACAUUUCACAUGUGCAAGCAGGGAUAAAGGUCGAUUUGGUCACGGGAGGGACUUCUAUUGCCACCACACACUGCUGGAAAGGCAGAAGUGGAUCCUUAGCACUGACCAGUGUGUUCUCAGGCUAGCCAUUCACAGCUGGCCAUUGACUUUGUGCAGGCAGCAAGCUCCAGUCUCCAGACUGGGCCGGCUCACCCACAAGGCCCUGGCCUCUAGUGUGUCCUCACUGUGAUAUGCAAAUCACUUGAGCUUGUCAGCCCAGGGAUCUUCAUUCUGAAGUAAAUGAGCUCUUCAGAGGCAAGUGGGCCUCAAAAGCCAAAAACUGACCAGAAGAUGGUGCUCAAACCUUUAAGACUUGCCUCCAUGGGAAGCCCUUGCUGCUCUGCCAAGCCUAUCUCUGUCUCCUUAAGGUUUUCAGUCCUGUGAGCUAUCAGACCUGGAGAGCUCUCGAUCUGCAAGUGGCAAAAUGGCACUGAAUCUCCUGUUGACACCAGAUAAAACUCACUGAAAGAGAGUGGAGUGGCCAUGUUUAUAGUGCUGUGAGGCCAAGCCCAGUGGAUGGGAAUGCAGCUCCUCCCGAGCCACGGGCCACGGCUGGGAACUGCAUGUCAUCAAAACAUCUUCCAGCCAAAACACAAAUAAAAAUGAAUCGCUGAGGGCCUGUAGGAGAAAGUGAUUUUUCUUUUUAAAUAGUCUUCUGAAUAAAGAAAGCUGUUCGUAUUAAA